AUGCUUUUCUCAUGUAAUAAGUAUAUGACAAGAAAGGUAGCCGGUAGAGGAAUGACUCUAGGACUUCGCUAUCAACUUGCCGAAAAUAUUAAAGCUUUAAAAAUUAUUAUACCAAUAAUCGUAUGCGACUCAUUAAUUACCGUAUUCGAUAUUGGAGUGGAACAGUUUUUUGGAGUUUCCCGAACUUUCGAUAUGAGUAGAUGUGCCAACACACCCUAUCUUUAUGAAUUCAUCUGUUGUCAAUUGAUUCGAUUUAUCAUUCAGUUUGCUAUUCCUAUUUGGACAUGCUAUUCACAUCCAUCGUUACGGAAAUUUUUCAAAAGAAAACACAACGUAUCAGGAGAUGAACACGAAGGAAAAAGGUUCAUUUUGAAUGCUAUUGUUAUGACGGAACCAACAAUAAUUCGACUUCAAUCUGAAAGUCUUAUAUCUUUUCUGGAAGACUAUGAUCGGGAGCGUGUUCUUGUUAUGGUCGAUACUAAAUCGCCGAAAUAUGCGCAGUUUAAGGAGAAUUUAUAUGUAGCCAUGAAAAAUCAGAGGCCUGGCGUAGAGUUUGCGAUAUUGGAUGCGGAUGUUGACGAGCACGGUAUGGUUCUGGAUGAACUCGAUCUAACUAAGGACGAUUUACCGGCGCUAUGCUACAUGAGUCGCGGUGAAGAUUUGAAUGUUUGUAAACUAAAAGAGAGCUCAAUCCUCUAUCUUUCUACUGUUUUGUACGAUUUGUUGGAGUUAGAUUCAUCAUCCAAUGAAGAAGAUCUUCUGAGUGCAGUAGAAACUGCGACUGAAAUAAUGGACGAUCCAAACCUUCAAUGA